UCCUCCUCCUCCACGUCCUUUCGCCGCCGCGUCCUUCUUCGCCCUGUCUCGCCAUUUCGGCCGUGCCAUCUCGCGCACUGUUGCCUAUCAUCAGGCUCAGCUUAUCAAGGCAACUGAAAUUACCUCGAAAGGGCCAUGUCAAGUCAACCUGCGAGACUUUCUCUCCACUGGGGGACAGAUGACACCGUCGAGGACAUCAAUCGCUAUGUUAAUGGAGGCUUCCACCCCAUACGGCUAGGAGAUGUUCUCAGGUCAGAUGUAGCUAACUACCGCAUUCUUCACAAACUCGGAAGAGGGUCUUUUGCGACUGUUUGGCUUGCCGCCACUAUGGAAGAUGCCCAGUUAUCUUGCAGUUAUCAUUACAGGCCCAAAUUCGUUGCGCUGAAGAUAUGUGUCGCGGACGCCGACUCGCAGCACGAGCUCAACAUUCACAGCCGUCUACCACCUGCGCAAGAUCGCCACGUUCUACAACUUCUCGACGACUUCUCCGUCCACGGUCCAAACGGAGCACACGUUGUCCUCGUGCAUGAUGUCCUUGGUUCUCCCGCAGACCUGACGGACCUAGUACAAAACCAAGUUCGACAGCUAUGCAAGCAACUCGUGCAGGGUGUCGCCUUCCUUCACAGUCACGGCAUAACGCACGGAGAUAUACAUGCCGGGAAUAUUGGUGUUUGUCUGCCAACACUGGAUGGCCAUUCUGAAGAUGACAUCCUCGACUACUUUGGCCCGCCCGAGAUCUCACCCAUCCUUCCUCGCCAGCCUCUCCCUCGGCCCCUCGACACGCUUCCACCAUAUCUCACGCCACCCAUCGCUCUUGCUUACUAUCUCAAAGAGCGAAAUCCGUCAUUUGUGCUGUCUCCUCUUCAGAUUGAGAUUAUGGAUCUCGGCAAUGCUACAAUCGUUGACGAGCAUCCACGCCCGUCGUGCACACCCGCGACCGUCUGCGCACCCGAGAUCAUGUUCGAGCGGGUAACAACUAAGACCGAUCCUCCCGCCACGUUCGCGAGCGACAUCUGGUCUCUUGCAUGCACGCUGUACGAAAUCGCUUUCCAGGCACGUAUCUUUCAUUUCGCCUCACCUAGCAACACACUCCUCGUCGACAUGGCCAAGUUAUGCGGCGGGAUCCCUCCUGAGUGGGUUGUGUACUUUGACACCAGCGGGCUGCCAAAAGCCCUGGAUGGAACGAUAUCUAGGAGCGCGGCUGAUAAGGAAUGGAAACGAAAGGUGGAUCACUACGCGCGCAAAUGGACGGAGAAAGAUGACAUCGAUGGGUUCGUCGACUUUUUGAGGAUGAUGCUCAAGCUGGAUCCAGGCGCACGUCCCAGUGCUAUCGAAGUCUUGAACCAUUCUUGGUUUGUAAAUCGCUGAAGGGCUCGGUGAGACCGGGGAAGGGAUUGGAGCGCACCACGCUGUUGACUUAAAUGUCGCUUUAGGGUCACCGGUCAUCACGCGAGACUAGCGUCGCGCUGAUAUGGCAUUUCUUCCGUCAAUCCACCAGAUCUACCGCUGCGACUCGGCUGCGU